AUGGAGCGGUGCUACUGGCCGUCCAAGUACGAGUAUUACGGCGUCUGCAAGCUAUGGCCUCCUGUGGGUGGGAGCAGAGACGGCACGUCCCAGCACACACCUCCGGCUGGGCGGGACACAUAUCUAUACGAGCGGUGCUACUGGAUCUUGAAUGUCAGGCCGCAGAGCGUCUCCUGCACCCUUGGCCACCCCUUGUUGGAUACCCCACACGUGCAGAUGCAGACUCUUGGGUGUCCAAGCAUGUACCCGUUCGAGCAAUGGUACAUACUCGCACAGCUGGAAUUCGAGAGGUACGGAAAGGCGGAGAGAGAGGGAAGUGGUAGGGAGAUUUGUGCGUGCUUCUUUGGCGGAGUGCCCUCGGCCACAAAGGCGGAUGGAUUGCUCUUCUCUGCACCCCCUCUUACUGCAGAUGCUGAGACCAGGCAUCUCUGCGUGGUGUUGACAUACAGGUAUUCUCUUGCUGGUCUGUCCAAUCGGCUGGGACUGAAAUACCCGCCUCACUUUUCCCUUGCGAGAGAUGGCCAUUCCAGCAAAGAGCAGCAUCGUGUUCCCCUCCAACUUCCCGACCACGUUGGGCUCGGGGCUCUCGGCUGGAGAGGAGACUGGGCAAUAAAGGGUCCAUUAAGGCAGCGAGGCGUACAAGAUGCACACGCACGCGGCACACUCGCAUUCAAUGGCAUGGGUUUUGCAGGCCGGUACAUGAACUGUCCCGAGUCUCGACGACUCUAUGCAUCUGCACAUACUAUCGACGAGCAGCAGCUAGGCCUGUCGCGCAUGGUGGGCGGCGCAAUUCACAUCUCUGACCGCAGCUCCGAAUUCGAGGGAAGUGAGGCGCUCUCGGGAGGCGCCCAAACAGAGCACUCUGCCGUCACCACCACCGUUACAGACCACCACGACAGCUGCCGCCGCCACACCCUCUUUGAUCCUCUUAAUCCAACUACACGAGGCUACGGUACAGAUCACAGCUUGCCGGAGCGCAAGAUGAACAGUGCAGACAGAUGCCACGAAUGCGCAGCAUGCGGCCGUUGGGAGUAG